AUGUUCGUUUACUAUUGUGUUGAAGAGAAUUUUCCUAUCACCAAGCAAGCUGAAUGGUGUGAAUAUUUCCAGAUUCCGAAUGGUUUCGCGUUGAUUCGUCCACCGGGUCAUCACGCGCAAAAGAAUGAAGCCAGUGGUUUUUGUGUGUUCAACAAUGUUGCACAAGCAGCCGAAGCCGCGUAUAAUUUUGGGUCGAACAGAAUACUCAUCGUAGAUUUUGAUGUUCAUCACGGUCAAGGAAUACAACAGUCGUUCUAUGAGGACAAACGAGUGAUGUAUAUCUCAAUUCAUCGUUAUGCGGAUGGGAAAUUUUGGCCACAUCUAGAAGAAUCAAAUUUCUGUUAUGUUGGUGAAUAUUCAGGAGCAGUGGAAGGAUUUGUUCAUUGUGAUUUGGUGAUUACUUANAAUCCACAUUUUGUGUUAGUGGCGGCCGGUUUCGAUCCGUGUCUAGGCGAUCCUUUGGGUGAAAUGAACGUGAGUCCAGACUUGUUUGCGCAUUUGGUAUAUCAUCUGAAAGGCUUGGCAACCGGUAAAAUACUGUUGUGUUUAGAGGGUGGUUAUAAUUAUCAUAAUACCGCGAUAUGUGUGGAACGAUGUUUGAGAGUUUUAUUAGGUGAGGCACCGAAUCCUCUGAAGAAACUAGAAUCUCCAAUGAAAAGGUGA